AAUCAAAAUCCCUGGAGAGUCUCAGUAUCAUUUCCUCUGAGAAAUUCGACCCGAAACGACACGCUCGUCCUUUCUUCCGACACACGACACCCGCAAUGGAGCCGGACGUGAGCAUCGAGAGCGGGUGCAUGAUCCGCAUCGCGGUCCUGCCGAUCGGCCCGAUCCCGCAGCCCCAGCUGCGGGACUACGUAUCUUUGCUGGUCCGCCACUGCAAGAUCGAGCUCUCCGCCAUCAGCUCCUUCUACACGGAGCAUCAGAAGAGCCCCUUCUCUCAUCAGCCAUGGGACACCGGCAGCCUACAGUUCAAAUUCAUGGUCGGUGGUGGCCCACCGAGCCCGUGGGAGGACUUCCAGUCCGAACGCAAGAUCCUCGCCGUCAUCGGACUCUGCCACUGCCCUUCGUCUCCCGACCUCGAUCUCGUUGCCGAUCAGUUCUCCGCUGCGUGCAAGGGAUAUGCCUCCUCCCUCGUCCAGCGGUGCUUCGCCUUCUGCCCCAGCGAUUCUCAGCAAGAGGAUGGUGGUAAAAGAGGGGAUCAAAUAAUAUUGUUCCCUCCUGCAGACCAGCAAACUCAGGAGUUCCACUUGCUCACUAUGAUGCAAGAUAUUGCUGCGUCAUUGUUGAUGGAGUUUGAAAAGUGGGUUCUUCGUGCAGAAUCUGCUGGGACUAUUGUGAAGACACCUUUAGAUUCUCAAGCCAGUCUCAGCUCGGAGGAGGUGAUCAAAGCCAAGAAACGGAGGCUUGGUCGUGCGCAGAAGACCAUAGGGGAUUAUUGCCUGUUGGCAGGCUCGCCUGUUGAUGCCAAUGCACACUAUUCUACCGCAAUAGAGCUUGCCAGGUUGACAGGGGAUGUAUUCUGGCAUGCUGGAGCGUUGGAAGGCAGUGUCUGUGCGUUACUGAUAGAUCGCGUGGGAAACAAAGAUCCAGUUUUAGAGGAGGAGGUGAGGUACCGAUAUUAUAACGUCAUCCAGCUUUAUAGAAGGUCAUUUAUACAGGACAAUGUUCAAAGAGUUUCAACGGUGAGCUUUGAGCUUGAGGCUACUUUGAAAUUGGCUAGAUUUCUUUGCCGGUCAGGACUGGCUAAGGAGGUAGUAGAGUUGUUGAUGGGUGCUGCCGAUGGUGCAAAGUCUCUGAUCGAUGCCAGUGACCGCCUGAUAUUAUAUAUUGAAAUAGCUCGUUUAUUCGGGACUCUUGGUUAUCAACGGAAAGCUGCCUUUUUCUCAAGGCAGGUUGCUCAAUUGUAUUUGCAACAAGACAACUGCUUGGCAGCUAUCAGCGCUAUGCAAGUCUUGGCAAUGACCACAAAGGCAUACCAUGUACAAAGCAGAGGAACCAACUCAAAGUCGAAUUGCUUUCACAAUGAACUCGGAUCAAGUCAUUCUGAUGGUGGGAAAAUGCACCCUCAAUCAAUAGUCAAACUAUUUGAGUCUCAAUGGAGCACCCUGCAAAUGGUCGUUCUGAGGGAGAUACUGCUCUCUUCUAUUCGUGCUCGGGAUCCUCUUGCUGCAUGGAGUGCAGCAGCUCGUCUACUUAGAUCUUACUAUCCCCUCAUCACACCUGCUGGGCAAAGCGGUCUUGCGAGUGCUCUUGCAAACUCUGCUGAGAGACUCCCUUCUGGAACUCGCUGUGCCGAUCCUGCUCUUCCUUUCAUAAGGUUGCAUUCUUUUCCUACACAUCCUUCACAGAUGGAUAUAGUAAAGCGCAAUCCAGGGAAAGAAGAGUGGUGGACUGGAACAGCUCCUUCAGGUCCUUUUAUUUACACACCUUUCAGCAAAGGAGACCCAGCUGAUAGUAGCAAACAGGAGCUAAUUUGGAUUGUUGGGGAACCGGUACAAGUGCUGGUGGAACUGGCAAAUCCUUGUGGCUUUGACUUAAUUGUCGACAGCAUUUAUCUGUCCAUUCAUUCUGGAAAUUUUGAUGCUUUUCCAAUAAGUGUGAGUCUCCCUCCUAAUUCUGCGAAGGUGAUCUCCUUAUCAGGGAUUCCAACUUCAGUGGGCCCGGUGAAAAUUCCUGGAUGCACUGUUCACUGUUUUGGUGUUAUUACUGAACACCUUUUUAGGGAUGUUGACAACUUACUUCUUGGAGCAGCACAAGGUCUUGUACUUUCUGAUCCUUUCCGAUGCUGUGGCUCAGCCAAGCAUAGAAGCGUGUCCAUUCCAAGCAUUUCUGUUGUACCCCCUCUACCUCUUUUAGUCUCACAUGUAGUAGGAGGUGAUGGUGCAGCCGUAUUAUAUGAAGGUGAAAUUCGUGACUUGUGGAUAAGUCUUGCAAAUGCUGGAUCUGUUCCGGUUGAGCAGGCACAUAUUUCUCUAUCAGGCAAAAAUCAAGAUUCUGUUAUUUCGGUUGCAUAUGAAACUUUAAAAUCAGCCCUUCCAUUAAAACCGGGUGCAGAAGUGACACUUCCAGUGACUUUGAAAGCCUGGCAGCUCAGCUUGGCAGAUGCUGAUCAUGCUGUUAGCAAGAGUAUUCCUGGAAGUAUGGGCAGGGUAUCCAAGGAUGGAAGCAGCCCGAUGUUGGUUAUUCAUUAUGCAGGGCCAUUGGUACAUCCUGGAGGAACUCAAACAAAUGAUCCCCCUGUGCCCCCAGGCAGACGUCUUGUUAUUCCUUUGCAUGUAUGCGUUUUACAAGGCCUGUCCCUUGUUAAGGCUCGUCUUCUCUCAAUGGAAAUCCCUGCACAUGUUAGCGAAACCCUUCCGAAACCAGUUUAUGUUGAUGGAAGUUUCACCGAAGAAGUCCCUUCUAGUGGAAAUGAGACUGAUAGCUUGGUGAAGAUUGAUCCAUACAGAGGGAGCUGGGGCUUACGUCUUCUUGAGCUCGAGUUGUCUAAUCCAACAGAUGUUGUGUUCGAGAUUAGUGUGUCCGUGCAGCUGGAAAGUAAAAAGAAUGAGAAUGGCUUGAAACUGAGUGAUCGUGAUGCUGCCGACUUUGGCUAUCGGAAAACUAGAAUAGACAGGGACUAUUCUGCAAGGGUACUGAUACCCAUGGAGCAUUUUAAGUUGCCUAUUCUUGAUGGGUCCUUUUUUGCCAAGGAUGCUCAGAUUGAUGAAGGUUUUGGUAGUAAAAAUUUGAACUCAGCUGAAAAGAAUACCAAGGCUGAGCUGAAUGCUUCUAUCAAGAACUUGAUUUCUAGAAUAAAGGUAAGAUGGCAAUCCGGGCGGAGCAGUUCCGGAGAAUUGAACAUUAAGGAUGCAAUUCAAGCAGCCUUGCAAACAUCAAUAAUGGACAUACUACUGCCAGACCCUUUAACCUUUGGCUUCAGGCUUGCUAAGAAUGGAAUCGAAUCUGUAAAUAUUGCUUCCUCUGAAGAACCCAAUAUGCGGACUGGUUUGUCUGAUGAAUCAUCUGCUGGGUGUAAUUAUGAGAUCAAUCCGAGGUCUAAAGGUUCUAUAUUAUCUCAUGAAAUGACUCCAUUGGAAGUUCUCGUUCGUAAUAACACUAACGAGUUGAUCAGGAUGACCCUUAGUAUUACUUGCAGAGAUGUUGCUGGGGAGAAUUGUGUUGAGGGUAUCAAAGCAACUGUACUAUGGGCUGGUGUUUUGAACGGAAUUCAUUUGGAGGUUCCCCCGCUCCAGGAGAUCACACAUUCCUUCUCGCUGUAUUUUCUUGUUCCAGGUGAGUACACGCUGCUCGGUGCUGCUGUCAUUGAUGAUACCAACGAUAUCCUCAGGGCCCGUGCAAGAACAGACUCACCUGAUGAGCCUAUCUUCUGCCGGGGUCCACCUUUCCAUGUUCGUGUCAUUGGGACUCCGUGAACUGUUUUUCAGCCUCAUUGAUUUCCCCAUUGGAGAAAUCCAGCCAAGGAGACAAAAACCUUUGAUGCUGGGUCAGGGGCCCUAAGGUGCCCUGAAUUAGGGCCCCCAGAAUCAUUCAUGUCAAACCCAUUUGAGUUGCAGAUCGGCGGAUGAAUUCUGACAAGAUCAUGAGCUUCUAGGUGUUUGUGGAUGUAAAUACUACUACAAGAGUGAGCUGAUGUUCUUUUUUCAUUUUUUUUUUCUCUAGCUGUUGCAGUUCAUAUUCUGUAAAUUGAAUAUUGCAUGUGGUGGCAAAUAAGGUUGCAAUUA